CAAUAACAACAGAAUUAUUCCCUAAACACACUCUCUCUCCCUCUCUCUAGCCGAGCCCCCUUCCUCUCCCUCUCUACCCGUCGGCCACCUUCCCGGUGACUGGGUUCCUCUUUCUCUAAACCCUAAUUCCAAUUCUACCUCACUCAAAUCCCUAAUUCUCCUACCAAUCACAAUCCCUAAUCGCACACCUAAAUCCGUGCUCUUUCUGUGGUAUCAGAGCCUGGCUGGUGUGUCAAUUCUCUGAAGAAACACUACAAUCUGAAGAUGUCAAACCUUACAAACAAACAGCAGCCGCCGCGCCAGAGCAAGGAGGUUGUGACGGUCAAGGAUGUGACGAUGAGCAAGUAUGACGCGAUGGCAACAUCGUUGGAGAUCCUGACGGAGGUUACGGUGAGGGCAGUUGAGGCCUCGAAGGGCUCGAUCGGGGCAAUCGAAGCCAUGGGCGACCAGAUCAAAGAUUCCAUCGAAGAGAUGGGCAAGAGCGUGGCUGAAAACAUCUGCGGAGCCCUAGCAGCGACGAUGCAGGAGGUGCUAACCCAGGUUCUGAGGAACCGGGAGCCGGCGGCGAUCACGGCCAUGGGGAUGGCGCCGGCAGCAGCAACCGCGGCGGGGUCGGCGGGCCAGGAGGGCGGCGACGCGGGAGCGGAGCGGACCGCGACGGUAGCGCGCCAGGAGGAGGAGGCGACGGGGGAGAAACCGCUGGGCGACGGAGGAGAGACCGCCGGGCGGCGGUGAUGAGGCUGGGGCGACGCGGGUAUUGGCCGCAACGGGCGGUGCGCCGAGGAGUUCGGCCGUGCCGCGCAGACGCGCCGGGGAGCAGGGGAAUUUGGGCGCGAGGAGCGCGCCCGCGCCAGCAUUCAGCGGACCGGGUUUGCUGCUGACGCCGAUGGAUCCGGCCCAUGACAAGGUCCGGGGGAAGCAGAAGAUGGUGGGGUACGAAGGAGAGCCGUGGCUGACUGGGCCCGACGGAGAAGAACCAUGGCCGAUUGGGCUAAGGGAGGAGGAUGAGCUGAGCUUUGGGGACCCAGAGGGCUAGGUGGACCCGAGCCUAGAGGAGGCCAGAUGGGGCUGGAUCGUUGACUCGAAGUCGUGCCGAAACGGACCGGCCACUGGGCGGCCGACCGGACGGACCGGAACCGGUCGGACUGGGCCGAAUAGAACCGGGUCGGGUCA